AUGUGUAUGUCGAUGAAUGACGACUUAGAGAAGAGGGAGAUGCUCCUGAGGACUAUUGGAAGGCAAGCAGUAGAGAUACUUGAGAUUAAAAUCGCAGUAUUAGCUUAUAGGGCAUGCGGUGACGGUGAUAGGGUAUCUUUUCUGGAGCGAAUUGUUCAGCUGGAGGAGGUGCCGAUGUUGCAGGGAUAUUUGAAAGUCUUCCUUGGACAAAAACAAGCUGCCAUAGAGACUUUUAUAAAGGCUGGAGUGCCUCGAGAAGCACUUGAGAUUAUGUGUGAUGCCCAGAUGUGGGGAUCUGCGAAGGGCUUGGCCAUCACCAUCGAUAGGAGUAGACUGCCGUUAAUAUAUCGUCAAGUUGGAACGAUGCUUGAGGACAAGGGCGACUAUAAAGGAGCUGUGGUGAAUUAUAGGGAGGCGGUCAGAGAGGUGGAAGGAAGGGCUGAUGAUUUCCACAUGGGUGAUGAUGAUCAUGAAGAAGAAUGUAUACAGGCUUGUUAUGGUGGCAUGGCUCGGUGCCUGUGUUAUUGUGGUGAUUACGAUGAAGCUGCAAAGAUAUGUGAGGACCUAGAGGAGGAGGAUGUGCUUAUGGAAUGCGCUGUUAUUAUGGAGCGUAUGAAGCAAUACUCUCAUGCUGGGAGAAUACAUGAGCGUUUGGGUAAUGUGGAGAGAGCAUGUGGACUGUAUAUUCAGGAUAUGGACUUUGAUGCUGCCAAGCCUAUGAUGGAGGAAAUUUCAACGCCGAAAUUGCACCUGCUGUAUGCAAAGGCGAAAGAAACCCGAGGAUUUUAUAAGGAAGCUGAAAGGAGCUACGAGAAGGGAGGGGAUAUGGAUUCGAUCGUCCGAAUGUUGCUAAAUGAGAAUCAGCUUAACGAGCCAAGGAAGGCAAUGGAGAUGAUCAGGAGAGGAUUGGCGCCUUCGAUGGUAGCAGCAGAGAUGGUUGCGGACUACUGUAGACGAGUUGGUGAUAUCUGUGGUUCGAUUGAGUUCUUGACAAGAGCACACUUGUAUGAUAUGGCUUUUGAAAUUGCAAUGCGGCAUGACAAGAUGGCUGUAUUCGAGAAGGCCUUGGCUAGGAGUCGCGAGUCGACCGAAAUGGUACAGAAACAGUAUAAUAAUAUUGCUGGUUAUUAUAGAGAAAGAAAUCUACCACUUGAAGCGGCGAAGAAUUAUGUUUUGUGUGAAGAGUAUGAGCUCGCAUUGGAUCUAUGUCUAUCGUUGGAGCGCAGGAGCAGUAUUGGUGGUGAGGAGGAAGAGUUGUGGGAGUUGCCGGCUCAUAUGGAGCUCGCUAUUGAUAUUGCUGGGCGCUGUCGUGAUGAAGCUUUGGUCAAUCGUCUGGUGGACCAUUUACUACGGGCGAGCGCAGAUGUUGAAGACCACCAACUUGGGCAACAACAGGCGAAAUGUAUCUAUAAGUUGCAUGAAGUAUUAGGCAACUAUGAGGAGGCAACAAAAGUAGCAAUGCUCAUAGCAGGGCGCGAACAAGGUGAAGGGCGAUAUAAAUCUGCCCGCGCGCUCCUCUUGAAGACGUAUAAGGAUUUGGAACGUGUUGAGAUGAGUGUGCCUACAGAGUUGUGGAGGAAAUUGAUGCUACUGCAAAGCUAUAUUUUGGUGAGGCCAUUGGCAGAAAUGGGAGAACACGUGAAUGCUGCACUUCUAUUGAGGCGAAUCUGUGAAGGUGACGUCGUCAUGCAGUUGUUCCGUAAACACAGUGCCCAAACUCUUGCAUCGGCUGUUAUUGAGUGUAUGAAGUGUGGUAUGAAGAUGGAGGCACACCAAUACGCAUGUGACCUUAUGAGGGAUGCUCACUUGAGGAAUCAGAUAUCAGAGCAGUUGCGUAAAAAGAUCGAAUUAGUCGUACGUAAGCCUCCCAAGAGUGAUCAACAACAGCAGCAAUAUGAAGAGCCUCUCACCCCGUGCCCUUAUUGCUCGACGCUGCUACCAGAAACGUCCCUUAGCUGUGGUAAUUGCCAGAAUAUUGUACCAUUCUGUAUAGCCACUGGUCUACACGCUCUAUUGGAGGACUGGGCCUGUCCUUGUCGUAAAUGCAUGCUACCGGCGAGGCACACUAUGUUGGAGAAAAUGCUGGCGCGUACGGGCUCUUUACGGUGCCCUAUGUGUGAGGAGGAACUGCCGACUUCUGCUGUGGUGAAAUUAAGCCCCGAUGAGGCUCGUCAACAGGCAGACGAUUUUAAGAGGAAAUUUAACCGGAUGAUGGAUAUACAUGAUCAUUCGCUGUUCACGGAGAAGUAUCUCCUGAGGAGAGCGUGGGGUACGUAUAUACCUCAGCUGUUCUUCGCGUUGACGCCAGCCCAGAGUCAAUGGCAAGGAGAGGACCCUCGGGGAGCCCCGGUGGUGGGUGUUAUGUGGAGUGAUGCUAAUGCUAAGCAUAUCCGAUAUGAAUGUGAUGUUCCUGAGAAAUCUGGAGUAACCUUUCGGUACGCUGAGCAUACACCCAGUCGUGGAAAGUUCCUCGCCGAAGACCGCAAACUUCGGGCGUCCAUUUUCAUUGACUGGAGAAUUCAAAACGGUGCCAUUGACAUCAACACGCAUGUUGUUAACCGAUUCGCAAACAAAACCAUGAAAAUUUAUUUUUAUGUUGAUGACGUUGGAGGAAGCCUCGGUGACUAUCAUCUCACUGGUGUCCCGGAGGGAUCUUAUCAUCGUUUGGAGUGGCCAACCGUGGAUGAGUUUAAUGUGGCUGAGUUGGUACAGUUGAGGAAACGUAAGAAACGUAAGAAUGGCAAGAUUUUGCCGGGAUUUGAUCUCGUGGAUGGAGGAGCGGCGUGUGAGGGGCGGCGGCUGUGUGUGGGCCUUUGGGUGGUUGAAGUUGCUGAGAACGCCACGUUGGGGGUCCGGGUGGAAUCGAAGGGAAUUGUGGGGCUGGAUGGCGAGGAGGAGGAGUAUGGGGUGGCAGUGGGGAGGAGGUGGCCGGAUUUGAAGAAGGAGAUGUAUCACACGGUGGCUAGUGUAGUUGGUGGAGUGGCGGAUACGAGAGGAGGAUUGGUGAUGAAAGAUGGCCUCCCUGUGAACCACAGCCUCAUUUCGAUGGUGCCGAGCCGGUCCUUUUUCCCGAGAGGAUUCCUCUGGGACGAGGGUUUCCAUUUAUUGCUUAUGAAGGAGUGGGACUCGACCAGAGCCCUACAGAUACUGCUUUCAUGGUUGGGUAUGCAAGACUACUCGAGUGGCUGGAUACCCAGGGAGGCCGCUAUUGGUCCACGACAACAGUCGAGGGUCCCUCCACAGUUCCUUCCUCAAGACCGCGCCAUUGCUAACCCGCCGGCUCUGCUGUUCAUCAUAAGGAGCCUCCUGGCUGGCGGCUCGGAUGAUGGGAAAUUCGAGACGGUGGAGUCGGUCGAAACGAUUAUGCGAUUACUCGUGGCCCCGCAUUUGGACGCCUGGUACGACUUUCUGGUCACCACCCAAGUAUCGCCAUUCUCGACCCCUUCCGUGAGGUGCCCUCGGUGGAAGGGCCGUACUGCUGCCCAUAACCUCGCUAGUGGGCUGGAUGAUUACCCUCGAGGAGUUCUCGUUGACGAAGGUUUGGAGUGCCAUGUUGACCUGACGUCUUGGAUGAUCCUUUUCGCUGAUACCAUGCUGAGGAUGAACAGCACUGCCGUUGGUGUUAGAUACGUUCCCUUGGAGGAGAGGAUGAAAUACGACAAGGCAUUCGCUCGGAAGUACACCGUUACUACUAAGCCAGUUCAUUCACCUCAUGUCGGUUACGUUACCAUCUUUCCGCUAAUUCUUGGCCUCCUCGACCCCAUCAAGGACCGUCAACUUAUCUUAAACUCCGUGGAUGUGAUCAGCAAUGACAUCCUAACGCCCUACGGUAUUUCUUCUCUAUCUAAGUCGGACCCCCUCUUCCGUAUGGGGGAAGAUUAUUGGCGAGGGAAGAUAUGGGGUAACAUAAAUCUGCUGGCCAUAGGAGCUCUUCGUCACUACGCCACAGUCAUGGAAGCUUCUAAUCUCUUUGAAACUGCUGAGAAGAUUCGCGACAGAUUCACGAGGGUUGUUGAGGAGGGUUUCAGGAAGAAAAAGAGUAUCUAUGAGAACUACGCCCCCGACACGGGGAAGCCUUCCGGGGCCGCGCCCUUCACUGGAUGGACGGCUGUGGCCUACGUGUUGGCAAGUGAAGAGGAUAACCGUUGGUGGGAAGAGGCCGUGGGUGGUAUGAGUGUUGUUGAUGUUAAUCUUGCGGAACAUAUGAACGACGAAUUGUAG